AUGACGACAGUUUUAAAGAAAAAAACCGAGCUUCCAAAUGUUAUUUUUGUUAAGCUUCAUAAAGAAGAUUUAUGGAAAAAAACAGAACUUAAAGUAGAAGUCACGGAACCACCUAAACAAACUGUUUCACCUGAGACCAUACUUGGCGACGCGUCCACUGUAACCCAAGAAACCGAUUUAAUGAAUUUUGACGAUGAAGUCAUCAAUAACAAUAUUGUCACGCCAAAUACAAAAAUUAAUGUUGAGCCUUCGCCAACACUUGUGGAGAAAUCAUCUGAGAAAGAAAGGGUUAAACAAUCUACCGUAAUUGAAGCUAAAUCCCAUGUGGGACAAGGUAAAUUCAUGGAUGAUAAUGGUGCACAAGUACGAACCGAUUAUCCUCGUGCUACCACCGAUACAACCAUAAAAAAAGAUGUUCGAGAUGAAAUCUUUCCUGUGAAAUCUACAAAACUAGUUAAUUAUACAACGAAACCGGAUUCAAAUGUUAAGCCGAGAAAAAGAAAAGUUUACACUUUUACGGAAUUGAUUUUAUAUAAAUAUUCUCCGCUUACAAAAGAAACCAGAUGUGACUUUAGUCCCGAAGCUACAGAAUGUAAUGUAUUGUUAGACAACAAACAUAACACGGAAAACGAAUCAAAUCGUUUGCCAGGUCGUCGUCGAAACAGCGAUCACAAUGGCCGUAUAUAUGGUGAAAAUAAUCUUUACAUGGCACCUGCCAUCAGAAAGAUUUACGAGUUACCACCUGAUAUAUCAUUUAUUAACGAAUUGAUAGUCGCACAAAAUCGAUGGAUAGCUUUGGUGCUUGAGAAAGAACUACAAAAAGCAAGAUGUUCCCUCGGAAAGUGUAUGAAUACGACAUCUCAUAUUCAAGCAAAGGAUUCGAGUGAUGAAAAUCGUGUAACACAAGAUCUCCAUGAUUAUGAGACUACAAGACCACGAAAGGCUGUACGAUUCCUAGAAAUCAAUGAAAAUGAUUGA